AUGGGUACCGGUCUCUGGUCUCAGGCCGAGCACGAUAAGUUCCUAACUGCCAUCAAGAUGUACCCGCACGGCCCGUGGCGCAAGAUCGCGGCGUUCGUCGGCACGCGCUCCAUCCGACAAGUGCAGACGCACGCCCAGAAGUACCACGAGAAGGUGGUGCGCCGCAUGCGCGGGCUGCACAAGGGCCGCCGGUCCUCCAGUCGCAAGGAGCACCGCAUCGACGACGACCUGCUCGCUGCCUGCAAGGUGGGCGAGGGCUUCGGCGUCGUCCUCCCCAACCGCAUCGGGUCCCCACCGCAGAAGCCGCCAGCGAGUCCAACGUCGGGCCCCACGGAGCUCAUGGUCCCGCUCUUACUGGAUUCGAUGGCUGGUUCCGCGAGCCCCGACCGCGUGGAGUCGAACGGCAUCUCUGACCCUGUUAUUGUCCCGGUAAUCGCGAGUUCGUCCGGCCAGCUCCCGACGAUCGACGAGUCCCUCGACUUCUUGAUUGAGCGCUUGUCCAAAGCCGGCAACAAGGCUGUCGAGGUUGAGCUCUGA